CGGCGUCAAGGUGGUUGGAGGAGGGGUGUUCCGUUGCUGCGUGCCCUGGUGCGGGGCGCGCGCGGCGGUGCCCGAUGACGCCGACUAUGCCCUGAAAGACUCCAGCCCUCCACUCAGCCACAAAGAAUACGUCGCACCAGAGCCCCUAAUAAACUCCCCCCGUCCGAUCGGGCAGCAGUCGCCUCUCCCCGGCAUCGAGGAGGAGGACGACUCGGACUGGCCGCUCGAGGACGCGACCGACGCGACCCUCACCCCGUCCUACAAGAGCACCCGCAGCAGCACCGACACCGCCUACACGUCCUCCCGAAGCUCCGGCAAGAAGCGCUUCGGCAGCCCCUCCUCCGUCAAGAUAUGCGUUUCCGCCGCGGCCCGGAAGUCUAACAAGGCCCGCAAGCGUGGCGCGGCCGCGCCGUCCGCCGGCCCGGACGAGCCGGCGUCCGGCAAGAUGCAGGCCGAGCAGGGCAGCAUCGGCGAGCUGCAGAAGUACCACGGCCGAUACCUCAAGAGCCGCCGACACACCCUCGCUAAUGUCCGCUUCGAUGUGGAAAACGGCGGGCCGGGGGCGGCGGGCGGGGCGCGCUCCCCGCUCGAGGGGGGCUCCCCCUCCACCGCCCUGGUCCUCCAAGCCUUGCCGCAGCGCCGCGAGUCCUUCCUCUAUAGAUCCGAUUCCGACUUCGAAAUGUCACCCAAGUCGAUGUCCCGAAAUAGCUCGAUCGCUAGUGAAAGAUUCAAGGAGGUGGAGGCGGCUCAGUUGGAUCGAGCCCACGGGGAAGACCUAAUCGUGACGCCGUUCGCGCAGGUGCUGGCGAGCCUGCGGAGCGUGCGCAACAACUUCCUCUCUCUCACCAACGUGCCGGCGUCCAAAUCCAGAAGAUCGUCUGGUGCUGCCGCCGUUACGCCGCAACCAAAAAACUACAAUCCUGGAGACGAAGCCUACAUGAAGCUCGCGCUGGAGACCGUGGAGGAGCUGGACUGGUGCCUGGACCAGCUCGAGACCAUACAGACGCACCGCUCCGUCUCCGACAUGGCUUCGCUGAAGUUCAAACGGAUGCUGAACAAGGAGCUAAGUCACUUCUCGGAGUCAAGCAAGUCCGGCAACCAGAUCUCGGAGUACAUCUGUUCUACUUUCUUGGACAAACAGCAGGAGCUUGACAUACCGUCUCUGCAAGUGGACGAGACUACAGAGAGGACAAAGAAAAAGGAAAAGACGCGAUAUGGCGGACCCGUGGGAACUAUGUCACAAAUAUCUGGCGUGAAGCGGACCCUGACGCACACGAACAGCUUCACGGGCGAGCGCGUGCCGCGGUACGGCGUGGAGACGCCGCACGAGGAGGAGCUUGGCGCGCUGUUGGGCGAGCUCGACCGCUGGGGCAUCGACAUCUUCCGCAUCGGUGACCUGUCCGGCGGCCGCCCGCUCACCGCCGUCGCCUACGCCGCCUUCACCUCCCGCGAGCUGCUCGCCACGCUCCAGAUCCCGCCGCGGACCUUCCUCGCCUUUGCUGUCACCCUCGAGGAGCACUACAUCCGCGACAACCCCUUCCACAACUCCCUGCACGCCGCCGACGUGGCGCAGUCCACGCACGUGCUGCUCAACACGGCCGCGCUCGACGCCGUCUUCACGCCGCUCGAGGUGUGCGCCGCGCUGUUCGCCGCGUGCGUGCACGACGUCGACCACCCCGGCCUCACCAACCAGUUCCUCGUCAACUCGAGCUCGGAGCUCGCGCUCAUGUACAACGACGAGUCCGUGCUCGAAAACCACCACCUCGCGGUCGCCUUCAAGCUGCUGCAGAACGACGGCUGCGACAUCUUCGUCAAUCUCCACAAGAAGCAGCGGCAGACGCUGCGCAAGAUGGUCAUCGACAUGGUGCUGUCGACCGACAUGUCCAAGCACAUGAGCCUGCUCGCCGACCUCAAGACGAUGGUGGAGACGAAGAAGGUGGCCGGCAGUGGCGUGCUUCUGCUGGACAACUACACGGAUAGGAUACAGGUGCUGGAGAACCUCGUGCACUGCGCCGACCUCAGCAACCCGACGAAGCCGCUGCCUCUGUACAAGCGGUGGGUGAGCCUGCUGAUGGAGGAGUUCUUCCAGCAGGGCGACCGCGAGCGGGAGCAGGGCAUGGACAUCAGCCCGAUGUGCGACCGCCAGAACGCGACUAUAGAGAAGUCGCAGGUCGGGUUCAUCGACUACAUCGUGCACCCGCUGUGGGAGACGUGGGCGGACCUGGUGCACCCCGACGCGCAGGACAUCCUCGACACGCUGGAGGAGAACCGCGACUACUACCAGAGCAUGAUCCCGCCCUCGCCGCCGCCCGCGCCCGCCACGCACUCUGGCGCGCACUCGGCCGCCGACGACGACAGACCCGAACAAAUUAGAUUUCAAGUAACGCUCGAGGAGGGCGAAGGCUCGGAGGAGUGCGAGGGCGAGGGCGACGGUGGGAUGUGACGGAAACUACUGGGAAUAUGCAAGAAACUCUCAGAGAAGAUGCAGGUGUGGUGGAAGCUCUGGCAGUAGCCCGCAGCCGGCAGAGUGGCGAGACUUCCCGACUCCUGGAAACUUAGCGUGACCACAGUAGAACGCAGAAGGCAGAAUCUAGAGACACAGGUCUAUCGGUCUGUCGCUUCGCCCGAAAGAGAAAAUCUAUCGUGGCCAUGCUAAGCCGUUGGAUACUAAUUGUUGACGCUUACGUCGGAAUGGAACGAUCCGUUGCAUCGUCACGUUUCGAC